UUAAUUAUUGUUAACCAAUAAAAAUUUGUGUAACUAUAGCAGGAACAAGGAACAACGCUGUACACAAAACUGUCCCAAAAUAUAUGCAAAAUAUACGGAUGCUCGAGCGUGAUAGCCAUAGACGUGGUGAUAGCGUUGCACGACAACCGUAUGCUAUGGCUAACAAUAUGCAGCCAUUUGUGGCCAUAUGUAGACCAGAUUCAAAUAAGGUGUGUUCGAGAACGCUUUGGAAACCGUUCAGCAAGCGAUACAUCGUUGUUCAGCUUCGAACUUGGCUGGAACAGAGGCAGAACGGAGCGUUGUGGAGGCUUUAUUUUGACAAGCGAGGGCUGUAUUCUGAUAGAGUGUGGAUUCGAGAUAUGUGAACGACAGGCGCUAGAAACAUUAACGGAAAUGCUGCAAGCCUUCAUCGUAGAGGCUGGAGACUCAGCUAAAAACUACUGUGAAUUAGCUGGUCGAACAGAGCCUCUUAUUGCAGACAUCAUUCUAUCGCUUGUAAGCAUGGGCAUCAGAAUAGAUGGGAUUGAAACAUAUGGAAAAAGGUCAAAUAGGUCAGUCUUGCCUCUGCUGCAGCAACAGACUCAAGCGAAACAAUUAAAUAUACUACAAGCAGGUGUUAAACAAAACCAUCCAGCCCAUAUACCUAAUCAUCUGCCGCCAUUUCCGGAUCCACACGCAUAUAUCAGAACACCUACGCAUAAACAACCAGUGACCGAAUAUGAAGCUAUUAGAGAAAAAGCUGCAUUGCAGAAACGGGAUAUCGAAAGGGCAUUGACCAGAUUUAUUGCAAAGACAGGAGAUACGCACAGCUUAUUUUUGACUGAUGACAACACAAUGUUUCCUUUGAUAUCAUGUAAGCCCCAAUUUCCAAGCUAUUUAACCGCACUGCUGCCACAAGACCAAGUGUUUGAACCAGAGCCAGAGUUCCAGUGUGAACCAAGUCUACCUAAAAAGAAAAAAGAACAGCUAACGGAAGAUAAAGAAGAAGCUAAUAAAGUACCAGCUGAAGGUGUUGAACAAUGUGGCGAAGCAGUCGCGCAGCAAGAUAUCAUAGACAACCCCUAUUUGAGACCGGGUAAACUGCCAAAAAAUAAAAUAAGUUUGAAUAAUAAUACAACUGCUGUUAAAAGAGAAUCUGGUAUAGAGAUUUGAAGAAUACAGUAUCAGAUAGUAUACUAUGAAUACAGUAUCUUCUUUCAAAUAAACUGUGUUCUCUGCAAUUUCAUGAUUCAGAAUGACUUUGUUACGAUGUACGUACGUACGUACAUACAUAUAGAGGUGCUUUGUAUACAUUUCGGUAUACAAUAAUAAUAAUAACAAUAAUGAUGAUGAUGAUGAUGAUGACAAUGAUGUUUUGCAUAUUGGCGAAAUUAACAAAUGUCCUCUAUGAAUAUUGUUUGCGUUUCUAACUCGAAACUCAGUAACAGAAACGGUCCAACAAAACUCAACAUCUGAUACAAAUACAUGCUACUAGACACCGCAGAAAUGAAUUCAAAUUUUAUUAAGGUUAUUAGUGUACAAUUAUUUGAUUACUUUAUCUUACAUCUUCCAUUGGCAAUAGGUACAUUCAAUGCUAAGAUAAGGUAUGCCUAGACAUUUUUCUCUUUUUGUGUUUGCAGAAUUAGGCAAGGAUGCUUAAUAAUGAAAAAUAGUAUCGAUGAUAUAACAAGAAUAAUUUUUUGAGUAUCGAUAUAGCUUAAGACUCGCAAAAUGUUGGUACCAAUUGAAGAACGUAAACAAUACUAUUUUUAUAAGUAUACCUAAAACAUUAUGCAAAGAAUAUACAAGCUAAUUCGUUGCUAAGUUCGUGCAGAUUAUUUUUACCUUCUUUGUGAGCAAAACCUCAUAUUUGUGGGCUUAUUCUAUGUAGGUAUAACAUCAUUAACAGUACAUAUAAGGCAGAUAGCGUGAAUUUUCAUCCAACUCCAGGUUGGAGAGUCUACAGUAACAGAAAGCUUUAUGUUCUAACUCUCUGGUUACAACUGUGAAGUUCUACAACUGUCAUUCGACCAAGCCAUCAACCUGGAUAGCUCUAGUUUCACGUCAGGUCAAUCUGUGGUCAAUUAAAAAGCGGUUUCUUCAGCUCAGUCCAGGAUUUACACGCCAUUGGUGGGUUAUCUACGAUGAGUGGUAAUUUCCUGCCCCUGUAGCAUUCUUUGGUGCAUGUUAGGGUUGGAUACAGUCCCAGGCCUUUUCUCUAACGCCGCUUCACAAAAUUCGUC